AUGUUUUCUUACUUGUUAUCUCUCCCUUAUUUUCUCAUUUGUUGUCUCUCCCUUAUUUUCUCAUUUGUUGUCUCUCCCUUAUUUUCUCAUUUGUUAUCUCUCCCUUAUUUUCUCAUUUGUUGUCUCUCCCUUAUUUUCUUAUUGUUGUCAUCUCUCUCUUAUUUUCUUUUAUUUUCUGUCUCUCUCUCAUUUUCUUAUAUUUGUUGUCUCUCCCUUAUUUCCUUCUGUUUGAUGUUCUCUAAUUUGUUGUCUCUAUCCAACAUUAUUCUCUUUAUUAUAUCUUCCUUAUUUUCUCUUAUUUCGUGCUUAUUCCUAACUUUUCUAAUCUCUCUUCAAUUUUCAUCUGUUUGUUGUCUCUCCUUAAAUUUUCUGUUUUGUUGUCUUUACCAAAAAUUAUUGUCUUUGUUAUCUCUACCUUAUUUUCUUUUAUUUUCUGUCUUUCUCUCAUUUUCUUAUAUUUGUUGUCUCUCCCUUAUUUCCUUCUGUUUGUUAUCUCUACCUUAUUUUCAUCUGUUUUUAGUGUCUACCCUCUACUUUCAUUUCUCUCUCAUGUCUUUCCAUGCUAAACAUUGUCCCCUUUUGAAUUAUCCCCCUCCCUUUUCUCUCUUCUUUGUUAUUCUUCCCCUUUCUAUUGUUAUCGUUGCUCCUUGUUUGCCUAUUUUUUGUUUCUCUGCCAUUUUCUCCCUUUUGCCGUUUCAAAAGUUUUUACGGCUGCUUUUUGUUCACAAAUCCUUUUCUUGCUCUCUUCUUUCCCACCGUCUCUUAUUUUUUGUUAUUUUUUUUAUUCUUUUCUUAUUCAUUAUUCUUUAUUUUAAUAUAUCAUUCUUUCUUUCGCGUCUAUUUUUUCUUUCUUUCAGUUGUUUCAUUCUUGCCUUUGCAUCUACUUUCUUUAUUACUUUUCUUUUUUCUCUGAUUUCCGUAUUUUUAAAUUUCCUUUACUUUUUUUUCUAUUUUGAAUCGUUGAAGUGA